GACUCUAGACUGACACUGGGUCACUUCAUCUGAACCCCACUGUCGCAGUUCCCAGCUCUUUACCACCAGUCCCUUGUUCCCAGAGAGGUCGGAGGUAACCAGCCGAAGCCUCCAGUCGCGCAGAACCCCGCCUAAAGCGUCCAACAAGGUUUGGGCAGCUUUGCUGCCCCAAGGCGGGGCCUUCAUGGGGACCACCCCGAUGUUUGGAUGGAGGCGGAGCUUCCUCCGAUUCCUGUACGCGAUCUCGGAGCGCCACCGGUCCAUGGCUCCGCCCUACCGGCCCCUCGCUCCGCCCCCCAGGAGAGUAAGCGCCACCAUGGAGGAGUACCACCGCCACUGCGACGAGGUUGGUUUCAAUGCUGAUGAAGCUCACAAUAUUAUUAAAGAGUGUAUAGAUGGGAUCUUAGGAGGUGAAGAUUAUAACCAGAAUAAGAUCAACCAGUGGACCGCAAGCAUCGUGGAACAAUCCUUAGCUCAUUUGGUUAAGCUGGGAAAAGCUUAUAAAUAUAUCGUGAACUGUGCCGUGGUCCAGAAGAGCGCAUAUGGCUUUCACACAGCGAGUUCCUGUUUUUGGGAUACUACAUCUGAUGGAACUUGCACCGUGAGAUGGGAGAACCGAACCAUGAACUGUGUUGUCAAUGUUUUUGCCAUUGCUAUUGUCCUGUGACAAACUAAAAAUGUCUGGCCAAAGCCGUUAAAUUAA